UUCCCAUAUCUCUAGCUUCUUCACAUGCUCACAUUCUAUUUUGAACAAAGACAAAAGCACCUUGGAUUUUAGAUACCUUCCCUCCUCUAUCUCUCCAGCUAUAUUUCUGGUUCUAACUUCAUUAGGUACAAUAUCAUCUGCAUAUCUGAAAUCAAAUCCAGCCAUUAGACACUCAGUUCUGAAAUCCCAUUCUGUUCCCUGUCUAUCUUCACAGAAUUGGUCGAAUUUUGUUCUUUUCUUUGGCUUAUAUGCUCUGUUUUUCAUGGCUGCUGCUGCUGUUCAAAGCUUACAAAACCAUGACAACACCAACCAGGAAGUUGGUAGACAAGAAAUACAAGCAGCCAUUGCUAAAGCAGUGGAGCUUAGAGCUUUACAUGCUGCUUUAAUGCUAGGAAACAGCCCCGCCAAUCUCAGACUCCCAUCUUCUUCCCCUGUUUCACGCUCUGUUCCGUACUUCUCCGCUCAAGAUUACCCUGUUUUUACUCCUAGUUAUGAAGAUGAACCGUUACCAGGACAUCAUCAGAUUCUGACAAAAUCAAGAACACUAUCAGGAAGUUGGGAUGAGUUUGGCCUAGAGGCAGGAAGUGGCCUUGAAAGUGUUUUGUCAGAUUAUAAGAAGGAGGAUUCGUCUUCAAGGAAAGGAAUUCCUUCUGGCAUGUCCAAUUUGGAGUCAAAUAUUUGUCCAGCUGAAGAUCUAAAAUCUGUCACUAGUUCUUCUGCAAACAACAACACAGUGCUUCGCGCAUCGCCUGGAGCAGAAUGCCACAAGUCUUGUAGGAGAAAUAGCCUGGGAGACUUCAAAACCAUAUCAUCAUGCAAUAGAUGCAAGCCGGCUACUAUAACUACCGAGUCUGAAAAAGUUACCAGGAAUAGCAAGCAUUCUAAUAUUGUUGUGCCAUUGACAGAUUCUCACUCAUCCCUUCAAUCACAACCGAAAAAUCGAGGGGUGAUGUCAUGGUUGUUUCCUAAGUUAAAGAAGAAGCAUAAGAAUGAGAGUUCGCCAAACCGAACAGAAUCAGAGGAAGUCUCACAGAUUUUAAAGGACUUGGGGAUGUUGUCAAUUGAAACAUUGAAGAGAGAAUUGAUGGAAGCAAACGAGCACAGAGAUGCAGCUUUAAUGGAGGUUGCUGAGAUGAAAUCUUCUUUGGGGGACUUAAGGCACAAGCUCGAGUACUUGGAGAGUUACUGUGAAGAGUUAAAGAAAGCUUUAAGGCAGUCAACACUAGCAAAGGACUCACUAGUUGUCGAAAAGCUGGGAAACUUUCCGAAUAGAGGGAAAUUCACUGAUGGAAAUGGAGAAAACUUGAUGCCAGUAAGUGAAGAUGCAAUGGUGGAAGGUUUCUUGCAGAUAGUAUCGGAAGCAAGACUUUCGGUGAAGCAGUUCUGCAAGACACUGGUAGGACAGAUUGAGGAAACUGAUAGCACUCUCAUGGACAACCUGAACUUGCUUCUUCAACCACACAAACUGUCUCUAAACUCCAGGUACUCAAAGGCAGUAUUAUACCAUUUGGAAGCCGUUAUAAACCAAUCACUCUACCAAGAUUUCGAGAACUCUGUUUUCCAAAAGAAUGGUUCGCCAAAGAAUCUAGACCCAAACCAAGAUCGCCAAGCACAGUUUUCGUCAUUCGUUGCGCUGAGAAACCUGAGCUGGAGUGAGGUUUUAAGGAAAGGGACAAAGUAUUACAGUGAAGAGUUUAGCAAGUUCUGUGAUCAGAAGAUGAGUAGUAUUAUUACAACAAUGAAUUGGACUAGACCAUGGCCUGAACAACUUCUUCAAGCAUUUUUUGUUGCUGCUAAAUGCAUAUGGUUGCUUCAUUUGCUUGCCUUUUCAUUCAAUCCGCCACUGGGAAUUUUAAGGGUUGAAGAGAAUAGAAGCUUUGAUUCACAUUUCAUGGAGGAUAUGUUGAUGGACAGACAAAGAUCACUCGGUCCGAGCCGGGUUAAGAUCAUGGUGAUGCCAGGGUUUUAUGUCCAGGACAGGGUUCUAAGAUGUAAGGUUCUUUGCAGGCACAAGUCUGUACCUUGAUUUUUCUUCAACUUUCAGUGGGGUUUUAAGGUUUUCUCUCUCAUUUGGUAGGGCUCUGUAAGCAAGAAAUUUAUGUGUUAAUAAAUCAUUCAAAUGGACUUCCUCCUUA